AUGUUAUAAUAAAGUAAACAAUUGAGAUAACAAUAUGAACAAGAACUUGAGUAAUAACUUUCUUUUGAUCGAAAAGCUAAAUUACGGUAUUAUGAAAAUCAGUUGCAUCCAUAACCUAAAUACUUCAAAUGCAUCAAAACACCUAAUAGAUCAUAUUUACAAUAAUCAAUUAAAAUACCAAAAGUUGAAUAAAGUUAUAGAGAUUUUACAGAUAUAAAAAACUCUUUAUUUUAAGAACAAAUUUCAGUGAUAUAACCAUUUUGUCAUUGUAAAUUGGAACAUAUGGCAUAAUAAUUAUAAAAUAAGAAAUUUAAAAGAAUUAUAAGAUAAACAAAAUAGAUUGCAUAAGUAAUAUAUUUUUGUAAGGCCAGAAUACAGAAUCUCUAAAGGAAUAUUUGGUGUGAAUUAAUUAAAAAUUAUAAUAAAUAAGUUUAAAAAUAGUAAUACUAAAAAAUUGCAAAUAACUUAAAAGCUCACAUAUAACAUUUUCUUUUAAAAUAAAUACUAUUUUAAUGGAGUAUUAUGCCAAAAUAGAAGAAAAGAGCAUUACAAUUAAUUAUUAUGAAAUAAUUCUUCCUAAAAUGGCGUAGAACAUAACCAAUUUCAUCAACAUUAUAAUGGUUUUUUAAAAUUUGGAAGGAAUAUGUAAAAGAGAAAUAGGCAAAGAAGAUAUAUACAUACUAAAGAACUAGAAAAUUAUUUGAAUUUUGGAAAUUGAAGACAUCCUUAAAAAGAGUUAGAGUGAGAUAAUAAAUCUUAGCAAAACAUCAUUAUAAUAAAACACUUAUCCAAUGUGUUUUUGGAUUACUUUAAUAAAAUAUCUAACUAAAUAGAGGAAAUCAAUCAUAAUUUUCAAAUGAGUUUCUAAAAUCAGAUUCUCAAAUUUAGACUAUUAAAUUGCAACAAUGA